UCUCCAAGCAACCGCCCAACGACGACAGUCGACUCAGCUGCUGGGGCUCCUUUUCUCAGUAGGCACUGGUUUCGGGCCGCGAAGACGACGACGGCGACGUGAUCAGUCGAUCAGUCUUCGUCGGUUGCUUGGACGGUUCGGAAGUGCGCUCUCCCAAACUCGCGGACAAAAAGCGUGGUCUGUCUUUUGCUUGGGGGCUGUGCAUCGCGAUCGCGCGACGUCGUUUUUGUUGUAUUUGUUCGAAAACAAGUUGCAUUGUUGGAUAAAACGGCGACACAAAACUACAUGCGUGAAAAAUUACAUAAUUUUAUAAAUGAUACUGGUGUGCUGUGCCGUGCUCUGGUGUACACCACUGAGAGGCUCUGUCGUUGACAUUGCUUGAAAGAAGUGCGAGGCAUCUUAUCAAUGAAAUCUGCGAUGAUUCAUUGAGCGAUAUAUUAGGCUGAAUACGGGUUUUAGUGAAUAUUUAGUGGAACUUUUACCAAGUGAUUAAUACAGUUUAGUGAAUUACAUUUCAAGGUGUGCAUUAGAGUGACACAAAGUUCAUUUCCCGUUCAAUGCAAGCAAUUAGCGGCUAAAACAAAGGAAAAGGCACCAAAAAAGUGUGUUUUUUCGUUGUCGAUGUAAUAAUACUUGAAGUGAAAGCAAGCAACAUGUGAAAGCAGAUACGCGUCUCUGUGCCUUCUACCGAUUCCACGAGCGAAGGAAAAAAAGUCGGUUGUUUACAAUUUGCGCCGGAGCUUUUAUUUACCCGUCGAAGCCAUUGGGAAAAAAAAGAAGAAAAAUUGCAUAGACCGAAAAGUGUGGCAACGAAGAGCAAGCCAAAUCACUGACAUUUCCCAACCGUGGGGCAGUGGAUGGAAACUGCACCAUCCAAGUAGGGGAUGAAAGUGAAGCUGCCACGCGUUUUAUAAAUGAAAGGCACCUCGUCCAGCCUACUAUUGAAGUCGAUCGAUUUGACCAGCCCAGCAGCAGCAGCAGUAGCAGGAGAAAAAGGAGGUGAAGGAGGAGGGAAAAAGCGCCGUAGCAGGCAUUGCAGUUUAUGUCCGUCCCCCGGUGUCCCCAGCGACCAAGUCCGCGUAAAUGAUGUUACUGGCAAAAGCUUUGCUGGUGUGCUGCUUUACGAUACUCGCCGAACUCAGCGUGAUUGAAGCUCUUCAAAGUAACGAAUUCAUCAAUGAUCUGCUGGAGGAGCGCCGGCAUUACGAAGCUGCUCAGAAAUCUAUCGCCGAGUGGAGAAGCGCACUUGCCAGAAACAGGAAGAAACGAGCCGACAAAGUCGUUUGCUAUGGAGAGCUGGGAUGUUUCGAGGAAACCGCAUACCUGGAAAUGCUUCCAUCGCCACCGGAGGAAAUAGACACGAAAUUUUUCGUGUAUUCUGCCAAGCACCGGAGUGAAAAACCUAUUCUGGAGUUUUUCUACGAUGAAAUCGCGAAAACCAAUAACGGCACGACACCUCCUCCACCGCCACCAACUCCACCACCACAAUCAACGCCAGCAUCGAAGGCAGCAAACAACAACGGAACUGCAACACCGGUUAAGCAUCGCUAUGCACCGCAGAAAAUCUUCGAAAAGUUCGGAAGCCUGGAGAACGUAACAGCGAGAGCCAUCAUUCAUGGAUUCGGAUCGAGCUGCACGCACGUCUGGGUCUAUGAGAUGCGAACGGCUCUAAUGGCAGUGGAAGAUUGCAUUGUUAUAUGCAUGGACUGGGAAAACGGUGCCACACUGCCGAACUACGUCCGAGCGGCGGCCAAUACACGUCUCGUCGGGCGGCAACUGGCGUAUCUAUUGAAGGGACUUGAAGAACACAAUAAACUUAACAUGUCUCGAGUUCAUUUGAUCGGUUUCAGUUUAGGUUCGCACGUAGCCGGAUUUGCCGGAAUGGAACUCAAAGGAUUGCAACGAAUUACCGGACUUGACCCUGCGGGGCCCCUGUUCGAGGCACAGCACCCACAUGCCCGACUUGAUGACACCGACGCCGGCUUUGUGGAUGUGAUCCACUCGAAUGGGGAAAACUUGAUUCUCGGUGGUUUGGGCUCAUGGCAGCCGAUGGGCAAAGUUGAUUUCUACCCGAAUGGCGGCCGUGUGCAACAUGGCUGUUCGAAUCUCUUUGUAGGCGCCGUAACCGACAUUAUCUGGGCUCCUCCAGCUUCGGUUGAAGGACGCUCUCUGUGCAACCAUCGAAGAGCGUAUAAAUUCUUCAUAGACUCGGUGGCACCCAAGUGCCUGUUUCCUGCAUUUCCCUGUGAUAACUACGAAAACUUCCUGAAAGGAGAAUGUUUCUCAUGUAGCCGAGUGGAGAACGGAACGGAAUCGUCCGUGUGCGGUAACAUGGGAUACUACGCGGAUCGAUCCAUUGGACGAGGUCAGCUGUACCUCAAGACGCGUGAAGAGGAACCCUUCUGUGCCCAUCAAUACAAGUUGGAAAUCCAGAGCUCACCCAAUGAGCUACCCUUGCGCACACUUGGACGAUUGGAGGUGGAACUGGAAAGUGACGGUGGUCUGACGGAGGUUUUCACCAUUACCGAAAAGGACGAUGCAGAAAUGUUCGCCGGUGAAAUGAUUUCGCAAAUCCUUGUACCCCAUCCGGCAUUGGGCUUCCCGAAAAACAUCACGCUAACCUACACCACUUACAAGGGGUGGCUCACUAGAGGAUUAUCAUCGUGGAGUAUCAACAAAGUUGUCCUAAGCGAUGGAUUUGGAAAGAGCUUUUCUCUGUGCAAGCAAAUGCACUUGGAUUCAAAUAGUCCGUUUCAUAUGACGCUUCUACCGGGGGAAUGCGAGGAUGAAGACGACUACGUUCACCAGCAAACGGACGAAGCCCACUCAACGGAUUCUCCAGAGGAGAGCGACGAAGGUGAUGACUAUGACGAUACAUCCAAGGGACAGAGCAACGAACGGAAUGAUGUCAACCCACAUGCUUAUUCUUCGCAUGGAUUCCGCGGUAAAGGACCCCACAUUGACUUCGACAAAAAUGUCGAUACCCAGCCGUGGCAACCGAUUGUUAUUGAUUUGCCACGAAGUUAUCGAAACACGGAUACAAAUAGUUCUUAUCCGGUGUACAUAACUCCGUCCACAACGAUUCCUACUACGACCACACAGGAGGCGAUUAGUGAGCCGAUUUUGAAACGAGUUCAACAUGAACCACGUAAGCUGCUGAACAAAAGUAACGAUCGCACCAACGACAAAAGAUCAAUUGAAACGCCCCCUAGCAAGGACCCGGCAGCUACACCACCACCACCACCGCCUCCUCCAACCACGGAAAGCAAACUGAUCACCGUGCAGCUGUUCCCCUACAGAUUUGCGAAUGUUUUUGAAAAAGCAGAACGAUAUGCAAGACUGACCUUAUUGCCAUUACUGACGGAACAAUUUCCCCAGUUUUUUAAAACCACCAAGCCACAUGAUGAUGACACCCUGCUGGAGAAUGUAGAAUUCAACGAAACGGAACCAAUCCCGAGUCCAACGAUAUACAAAACGAACCGAACAGAAAAAUCCGCCAUGGCCGACAAGCGGUCCGACUCUCAUGUCACAAAUGCCGGUGAAACAUACGGAGAGCAACGAAACUUCAACAGCGGAGACAAACUGGACAUCCUGCCGCCCAUUACUCGCAAAGCUUUCAUCAGCGAAGAUGCACUGUUCAGCAUGCACCGGAUAGAGGUGGAGUCCAGCACCAGAGUGGAGGAUUCCUCGCGGAGAAUCGACGACGAUGUUUCGGAGGAGGAAGUUAUUCGAAUCGACUUGCCAACGUUCAGACCGCCGAAGUCGAGGAUGAUGCCGCUGGUUGCUGAUCAACAGCAACCGAGGUUCAUCCCGCUGAACUACAGGGAGGAGGGAAGCAGCCAGGAGCAGCAAACGACAAGCAACGUGAUGGGUGAUAUCAAACCAAAUGAUAGCAAAAGCUGAGGGAGAGAGAAAUUGUGACAGUAUUUAAUAAUAUGUAAUUAUCGAUAAGAAUUAACGAAUUAAUUAUUAGCGAAAUUAUACGUACUUUAAAACGUUUGUUUCAA